GUGACGCGCGUUAUUAUUUCCUCCGUUUCUCCGUUAAAUCGUGAUAAUUGAAGCGCGCGAUGGCCGGACGCGGGAAACUGAUCGCCGUGAUCGGUGAUGAGGACACGUGCACCGGAUUCCUGCUCGGUGGGAUCGGAGAACUCAACAAGAACCGGAAACCCAAUUUCCUGGUGGUGGAAAAGGACACGAGCGUCACAGAGAUCGAAGAGACCUUCAAGAGCUUCCUGGCACGUAACGACAUCGGCAUCAUCCUGAUUAACCAGUUCAUCGCUGAGAUGAUCCGUCACGCCAUCGACGGCCAUAUGCAGUCGAUCCCGGCCGUGCUGGAGAUCCCGUCCAAAGAGCACCCAUACGACGCGUCCAAGGACUCCAUCCUGCGCCGGGCCAAGGGCAUGUUCUCCGCCGAGGACUUCCGUUAAACGUUUCCGCUCUGUGCGAUGAAGAGAAAUGUCCCUGGCUUGUUGUUUCUGUACAGUGACGUUAGAUUAACUGUAUUUUCUAAUCCCUGUCAAAACGUUUUCAGUUCGGGCAGGAUGGGAAGUGAUGAGCUUUCCUACCUCGCAGCUGAAAAUAUCUUGACGAGAGAAGAACUUGUUUUUGUGUCGUGUUUGUUCCAGAGGUUUAACUUAUGAAACGGAAAAUAAAUGAUCGUGUUCGUUGUGA